AUGGCUUUUAAUGUUCUAGAUCAUCUAGGUAUAACCGUGCCUGCUGAGCCCAUUUUGCCGAUAGCAUCGCAAUCUACACAAACUCCUGGCAGAUUACGCCCGUCGCAGCCCGUAUCGCUCCUUGCUUCGCUCUCGGGAUCACGGGUCAGUAACGCUGAGCUAACCGCCCAGACACCACAGACCUACAAGGUUAUGCGCUUAUCUACGACCCCACUACACAUCAUGAGCCCCCAGUCUGGUGGUAGAGACCCUAUUGUCUCAGAGUCUAAUGUGGAGCCUUUUCUACCAUCUGAUACCAAAUCGAUGUCUACUAGCGCUUCAUCUGCCAUAAAAGCAGAUGCCCUCGUUAAACUAUUGACGAAUAACACAGUAGCAGUAGUUGACUACUCCAUGAGUAUCGAUGAAAAGGCUGCCCUCUUGCCUCUCCUAGAGUCAACAGAGAAGGAAGCAAGAGGCCUGUUCAACAAACGGAACACCAUGUACCUUCGGCAAACUCAUCGUCCAGACACAGAAGCGGCCAGAUUGCAGCUGGAGACCAUUGCGGACAAUAAACGCAAAGCCGACGAAGAAAAGCAGGAGAGACUCAAGCAAGAAAGGCAAGAGAUAAAAGAUAUAUUAACAGAGAUCUAUACUGAGCGUGCAGCUGAUAGUGAAAAAGAGCUAAAGAAGAAGGCUGACUACCAACGUGAAGUAGAAGAAUUUAAAAAACAGGAAGAUGAAAUAAGGAAGGUUCAAGAUUCCAUUAAACAGGCAGAGAAGGAGGAGGAGAGCAGAAAAGCACAUGAAUACAUGAACGAAAUGAAGUUACGAGCCGCCCAGGAGGCCGAGCAGCGGAGACUCGAAGCAAUUAAAAACCAAGAAUUCGUAGAUUCUUUAAUUGAGAGCAAGCGGCAGGCAAAAAUAUCGGAGAAGGCUGCUGAGAGGAUGAUGGAUUGCUACGCAGGCCCAGAGGAUAAAAUUAAUAUACUGCGGGCACAUAAGAUAAGGGUGAAAGAAUUUCUAAAAGACGCUGAUGACGAGGCGAGGCAUGAACGUGGCCAAAGAGCUAUGGAGGAAAAGGAGCAGCAAGACAGAGACAGAGAGGAGGCCCGUGCGAUAAGGAAAGAUAUUCACAAUGCCCAACUUAGCUACAUUGCUCGUAAGAAAGAAGAGGCUGUUGCACUCAAGCAAGAGUACGACAGAGAUAUGCACUUCAAGAAAAUGGCCAGACAACAGGAGAGGGAGCUUGAAAAACAGGAGAUGCAACAUCUAAAAUUGGCAGUGAGAUUAGAAGAGCAGGAGACGAAGUCUUGCGAACAAGCUCUGGCUCAUCAAAACCGCACAUGGCUGAAGAAGAGCUUGAGUGAAAACAUUAGAGAGAAAGAAAUAAACGCCAAAUUCAAUAUGCUGUUGGACAAGAUAAAAGAAUACAAGUGA